UCCCAAGGCGGUUUCAAUGUUAUGACCCAACAGUAAAACCUCACUAUUGCCACUCAAACAGCCGUCGGGAAACUUGAGACUUGAGAGACCCACUGCUCCUGCGAAUCCAACAGCUACUGGGCGCUUUUUUAAACGGCUGUAGGGUACAGAUUUCCAAAUGAAGAAAUCCAAGGAUCCUUUUGAAAUUGCAUUUGUGGAGCAAGAUGAAUCACCCCCUGAAUCACCCACUAGCCCUGAUGAGACUGAGGCAAAAACUCCAGGUGCCCUCACUCUGGAUGUUGGUGAUGAUGAUGACAUCGGUAAUGAUCUUCGUCAUAGAGACCCUUCAACAUCUGCACCUACUUCAAACCCCAUUGGGACUACUGGCCCUACUGGAAAGUCCAAAGAAGAAGAUGAGGAAGAAGAAGAAGAGAACAUGGAUGUUGAGCUGGGCAAGUUCCCUUCUAGUGGCGAUCCCGAUAAAACAGCCAUUAUGCAGAAUAUUCUUUCUCAAUUUACGGAGAAGCAGAUGAGUAGAUAUGAAUCAUUUCGUAGAUCUGGAUUUCAGAAAUCAAACAUGAAACGGUUAUUGACAAGCAUAACUGGAAGUGCCAAAAUUUCUAUGCCUACGACAAUCGUGGUAUCUGGAAUAGCAAAAAUGUUCGUUGGGGAGCUUGUUGAAACAGCCAGAAUAGUGAUGGCAGAGAGAAGGGAGUCUGGGCCAAUCAGGCCGUGCCACAUCAGAGAAGCGUAUAGAAGACUAAAACUUGAAGGUAAGAUUCCAAAAAGAUCAGUGCCAAGGCUUUUCCGCUAAAAGAAUCUGGUAGUAACUUGCAGUAUUCCAUGGUGUACUCUUACCGAACUUCAAGAUCCGUCAUCUUUUCCUGGUAAAUAUGACCUUAACAGUUCGGCAAGGAUGCUUGUAUUUGCACAUAAAUAUUUGCUCCAUGGCUUGCCCAGAUCAUAAAAAAUUGCACAGGAGUUCAAUAAUGAAUGAAUUUCAACA